CAACUUUGAGAGCAGAGACCACAGGACGAAGAGGAGCGUUCGACUAUGAGUAGCUCCACCCAAUCAAAUGGGACUGAUAUCUAUAGCACCACGACACGGUUGUCCAAAGCUGUCAGUGCCACUGCUUCUGCGUUGAUUUCUCAACAGGAUGGCAGCGAUCCACUUCUCUCGAACUCGAGCUAUAAGAAGGCAAUGAGGGACGCGCUGACGGCGAAGAACUCGCUGGCAGUAAUACACAAGCACACUUCACCGGCGGAUCUGUCGGGGUCCAGGUUUGCAACGAGCUCGGAAUAUUUCAAGAACAAGUUCACCAGUUCAAAAGCUGCGUAUAAAGUGUUGACCCACAUACCCGAUGAUCUCUUGAACGACAUACCAGAUGAGAGCGCUUCGUCGUCCGCAUCGUUUACGCUAUUCCAGGGAUUCACAGCUGCGAUGCCCGCUGUUGAUGAAGAAGUGGAACUGAGAAAGAAUCUGGACAAUGGGAACGACUUCCUGCACAAGCUGACAUCCUCAAAAGGUGAAGAUCAGAAUCAAGAAGAGGAAGAACAGAGCUUUAAACUGCCAAAGGGCGUCACGAAGGAGAAGAUCCACGAUUCCUACUCCACGCCUCGAUUGAACUCUUAUAGAGACGAAAUCAACAAGAACUUGGAUCUCUUGGAGAUUCGUAAGACGCUCGCAGCCAGCGAAAUAAUGGAGAUUGACGACAAGAUCAGCAAACUACAAAAACUGAGACAGUUGGUGUUUAAAAGGGUUGCUAAAUUGGAGCAGAAUGAGCUCUUCUUAGAGUCACAUCUGGAGGAGAUCAACGAUAGAAUACAGAUGAUUAAGGACUACAACAUGGAGAGACCUGAUGACAAUGAAACUGAAAAGCAGGCCGGAGACAAGGAUGAUGAAAUUGAAGAUUCAUCCGCAUGUGAAACUCAAGAGACUGAUGAAUCACCACUGAUGACCAAGAGUGUCUAUGGGAAACUACAGGAGAAGCCACCAAUGUUCAAGAAGAAGAAUCCAAGAACUAGGAAAACGACACCAACUUUACAGCAGUACUAUGCGCCUGGCACUGAGAUUAAGACCAUACAAGCACACGAAGAAUCCAUUAACUGUUUUGACUUUGACAUACCCUUUGGGACAAUGGUUUCCGCGUCUUUGGAUAACACCGUGCGUGUUUGGGAUAUGAGUAGAGGCAAGUGUAUUGGUAUGCUUGAGGGACAUAAUGCCCCUGUUAAGUGUAUACAGAUGGAGGACUCACUGGUUGUCACCGGCUCUCUCGAUGCUUCUCUCAAACUGUGGGAUAUAUCCAAGAUGAACAAUGACGAUUUCGAGGAAGGGCCGUUGAUCUACAGCUUUGAAUCUCAUAUCGAGGAAGUCACCGCGUUGAGCUACCAUAACUAUACCUUGGUGAGUGGGUCUCAGGACAGAACAAUAAGGCAAUGGGAUAUGCAAACUGGACAUUGUCUGCAAACCAUCGACGUUCUAUGGGCAUUCCAACAAAACCUCACCACGUCUGUUGAGCAUUCACUCAUCUCCGACCGUAACACGCCUUUCAUCGGCGCCCUCCAGACAUACGACGCAGCUUUGGCCACAGGCACCUCUGACGGCGUUGUGAGGCUAUGGGACUUGAGAAGUGGAGAGGUUGUUAGAUCGCUUGUGGGACACACAGGCCCAGUCACAUGUCUUCAAUUCGACGAAAGACACUUGGCCACCGGCUCGAGCGACCGCUCCAUAAGAAUAUGGGACUUGAGAACCGGUGGCAUACACGACGCAUUUGCAUAUGAGAGUCCAAUCUCGUCCCUACAAUUCGACGCCAGACGCAUAGUGAGCUCCAACAACGAAUCAACCGUCAAGAUCUACGACCGUAUCGAGGAGAGACACUCCAGCUGCGGAGGCGAUGAUGGAGAUGACGCCAUCAUCAACUACGUUCGCUAUAGAGAAGGCUACCUCGUGGAAGGCCGUUCCAACGGCAAGAUUGGAAUCUGGGCCAUCUGAACUUGCAACCCCCUGCAUCAUAUACAUAUACAUAUAUUCGGAAAGGCGAAAGCUAAAGCACACGAUACAUAGCAAAUAUCUACAAACCCAUCU